AGCCGUAACGGAAAAAGAUAAAACUAAUUUGAUCAGAAUGGUGCGAUUUGACAGUGCUUGUUGAAAACAAAAACAAAAAUAUUUCCAUCCUGCCCCCGCCACUCCCACCCAUCAUCGCAUCGUCUGCUUAUCAUGCGACGGCAUUGAACAGAUGUCGAGGCAUGUGUGGCGCUUUUGCCUCUGUUUACGGUUGCCCCGAGGCACUGGGUGUGCGGCGGCGGGCAAUCACAUGCAUAACCACCUACCAAAUGGAAAAAAAUAAAAUCGAAACAAACAAAACAGACACUAUCCUUGUGUGAAGCGUAUAAUACGAGUGUUUCCGGUGACCGAGUUCGAAAAUAAAUCCCCGGCCGUGCCAAGCCAAAUGCCCGAAGAUCGAUAACGAUUUUAAUUUAAAAUUAACACCAUACCAACAUCGUGUGCCGGGGUGCCGGUUUGGUAAUUUGCCACCAAGGUACACGGUCCUCCGGUUGAUUGGUCAUUUAUGGGCAAUCAAUUGAAAACGGGACCUCAACCGAUCGGGACGAAGAUGAAAGUGUUUGACGUUACGAGUGGUAAAUCGGUUGUUUCCCAUUCGGUGGACGUCGCUGGUCACAUGGUUCCGGAGCUGGUGAACGUGCACGUCGAAGGUGAACUACUGGAGGAUCCCACAUCGACGACGACGACGACGAUGCGAGCGAUGAUGGUCGGAAAGGAAGGCAUCUUGCGCCGGUCCUCACCUUCGAUUGCCAAUUCCUUCUCCCGGCCGUCCAAUAACUCGGAUAUGCUGGCCCCGGAACGGAACCAGAGGGUCACCAUGUACGGUUGCGUCAUGUUCAAUCCCAACUCAAGAGAAGGCCGCCGGUUGUUUAUGUGCCACAUGCUCGUGGUGCUGAUAAUACCGAUAGUGGCCGUCGUGCUGCAGAACAGCAUCCUACUGCGCCAGCAAAUUACGAAAUACGAGACAACGAAGCGUGUUGGCGAAGAGAUCCGCAUGACCAUCAACAUAACCAGCCUGGUGCGGGUCGUGCAGACUGAGCGUAAACUGUUGACCUACUUUGUGUUGACCCGGAAGAACCGACCCGCCGUCGAGCAAGCCUUUGUCGAAACGGAUCUGGUCCUAAGCGGACUGAUUGCCCGCAGCAAGGAAUGGGACAUCGAAUUCGACGAGCGCUCCAAUCAGACCAUCGCCGGAGAUCUCAGACCUCAUUCUCCGGCGGAGAUCAUUAAUACCUCAAUAGGGGUGUACUUUGAAUCAUACAACAACCUGAACCGUCACCUAAUAGACCAGAUUAGCCAAAGCGUGGGAUUAUCUUUAAGUGGAGUAAUUUGGCGACAGCUGGUCGUGUACAAGAACAUAAUCGAAGCGGUUGAGAACAUCAACAUCGCCGCCAUCUUGGUGCUUCAGUUCAUCCAGCGAAGUCGUCUCGGGUUGGAUGACUUUUCACAGUUUGUCCGCAGAGACGCUGCUGCCAUGGACCAUCUACGAGCGGCGGAAAAUUUCAUGGCCAACGUCGAGAUUACGAACAGCAAGGAGUAUGCCGUACUGAGCAAGUGGCGCCACCAGGUGUUGAUGAAUUCAUCUACCGUUGGUCGAGAGGAAGGCCUGGUAGAAUACUACCAAUCCGUGAACAAGUUCAUCCAGAAUCUGCUCACCAUUCAAACGAAUCUUCAGGUAACGGUCCUACAAACGGUUGACGAAGAGAUGAGUGACGCCCGGCUGUACCAGACAAUCUCUAUCGUACUGGUACUGUUGACCAUAUUCAUCAGUCCGGUUCUGGUAAUCCUGGUUCGGAAUGCUACGGACACAAUUCAGGACUUCUCCAAUCAACUGAUCACCCGAACCCUGGAGCUUCGCAGCGAAAAGAGCAAAGCAGAUCGUCUGCUGUACCAAAUGCUACCGCCGGCGGUCGUUCGGCAACUGAAACAACAGCGUCAAGUCCCGGCAGAGACGUUCGAUUCGGUAACGAUCUUCUUCAGCGAUAUCGUUGGAUUCACGUUCAUAUCCGCUGACAGUACGGCGAUGGAAGUGGUCACCAUGCUGAACACCCUGUAUCGGCUGUUCGAUACCAUCAUCCUGAAGUACGACGUCUACAAGGUGGAGACGAUCGGCGACGCGUAUAUGGUCGUUUCCGGGCUUCCACAGCGCAACGGCGACAAGCAUGCCGGCGAGAUUGCGAUGAUGUCACUGGAUCUGGUGUGCGGCAUCUCCGGAUUCAUCAUACCGCACAUGAGGAACAGGACGCUGGAGAUACGAGUCGGAAUCAACACGGGACCGUGCGUAGCCGGGGUGGUUGGAACAACCAUGCCACGGUACUGCCUAUUUGGCGAUACGAUCAAUACCGCGUCCAGGAUGGAGUCCACCGGGGAACCCAUGAAGAUUCACCUGUCGGAAAACACCAAGGCAAUCCUGGACAAGCUCGGUGGGUUCAAAAUCAAACACCGCGGUACGAUCGAAGUGAAGGGGAAAGGAACGAUGGAUACCUUCUGGCUGUUGGGUCAUACCACAUACGAGCACCUGUCACCGGAUACGGUGAUUCCGAUAUACAAGCCGGAAGUCGUAACGGAACCGGACUUUCUGCAGAUAAUCUACUGAGAAUGGACAUGCGAGUAUGUGUGAAGGACGAGGACGUGAAAAUGGUUAGCUGUUUGUGUAGUGAAAUGAUUGUUAUCGAUGUGAGCCCCCUACACAGUGGGGCAAGAGAAUCUCUUAGAGGGUCCAACAAAUAACUGUCUG